AUGUAUGCGAUAAAUAAGGCGUACGGUCUGGAUGCACAUUUUGAUAAACUGUGGCGGCAAAUAAGCGAUAAUGCCUAUCCGAAAUCGCUAGACGUCUACGAACACGCAAGCCAAGCGAAAUACCCUAUUGAGAAUGUCGCGAAACUGGAGAAGCUCAUGGACACACUUUCCGUGACAUCCAAGUCUCAACCGUUACUGCAGACGGAAAGGCUCUUGAAAAUAAUUGCCGAAUACCCCGAGGAUGUGCUCGAUGCUGAUUCCACGCUCCCAGACGUGAAAGCUUUCACGGCACACGUCGUAGACACUUCUUGGCUCGUAGCUGCUAAGGCUGCAGUCCAGACUCUCGGAGUUAUACUGAAUACGCUGUCAGAUGAUGUACUCUCCCUCAAUGACGAGAUGCUUUAUUGGGACAGUGUUUUGGAGUCCCCCUGGUCACUUGGGCUCUAUAUGCUCCAAACAUCACCAGUGGUGCUUUGGAGCCGAUUCCGAGAAGUCUGUCACCAUGCUAACUCUAUGAACAAUCCCCGGACGUCCGGUCAACCCAACUGGAUGCAAUUUUACGAAUCUGUUCGCCAGUGUGUCCUUCCUCAAAGGUUGCAUUUUUGGCGGGGAAGGAUGUUAUCACCACUCUCAACAGCGAAGUCAGAUGUACGGCAGAAGCGGAAGACAUUGAGUUCAUUGAAAGAUAUGAAUGCUUGUAGCAUAGGGAUCCUCAUAAGGAACAGUUUCUCAUGCGCAGUUGGCGACAGUUCUACAGGUGACAAUAGCCAUGGCGUGUUCAUUGAGAGCUGGCAGACCAACGUCCUUGAGAGUGUGGCUUUGAUGAAAUUGCUCCUUGAAGAUGCUGAAAAGGAAAAUGUUCCGUGGGAUCAUGAAGAGCACAUAAAACUGGCGAUCAGUCAAGAAGUUACGUCGAUGCGCAUGCAUUACUGCAGUGAUCUAUCAUCUGAGGGUCCGAGGUUCGUCAUGAACCAACUGGGCUAUAUACUUGAAAAGCUUCUACCGGCCUAUGCCAAAGCUUCAGCCACAACAAUCGACAACUCUGGACGCCCCCAUUACCUAGUACGUUUUUGGCUACCCUUGACCCUUGCGCUAUUAUCAACAAGUACAUCACUGGAGCUGUUAAGGAAUAGGCGCCAUGAGCUCCUGGAAUGGAUUGCCAACUUCGGUUCAACAACUAUCGAGUUUUGGAACAACUGGGUUGUAGACCCACUUCGCAGGCUUAUUGGCACUAUAAGACAUGAUGAAAAGAGUGAGAUUGCUUUGAUGAGUAGAAACAGCUUGGAAGCCGAUCGAGCUAGUUUGGAAAGAAUGGUUGUGGACUUCGUUCUUGAUCGUUGUGAACCGAACAAGAAUGACUAUGAUGCUUUUGAUACUCAUGUCAUUACUGCUAAAGUCCGGGAAGGUGACUUAACACCGGUGCUGAAAGCAUAUGAAAAUGACCUACGUAGUCCUUUCGUUGGGACCGUCAAGGGUGAUUUGGUGCGAGCACUUUUAAUACAGAUACAGAAGACAAAAGUAGAUGUUGAAAUUGCGAUAGGGGGAAUUGACGCUCUGUUGAAAAGCCAAGAGCUGGUUUUUGGGUUUAUUGGACUAACCCCAGGUUUAAUGGUGUCAUAUGCGACUCUUCGUUGGCUUUAUGGCUUGCUUGGCAGUCGAAGGGGCUUUCGAAUGGGUAAGCAGCAGGACGAACUGAGGCAUGCUUUGCGGAUUGUACAUCGGACUUUAACAUCAUCUGCCUCCACUCCCGGCGAUGCGCUCGCAUUUAGAGACUAUGGUCUCCUCAUAUGCAACGCCGAAGUCCUACUCUCAAAGGCGCGGUCCAUACUGAAAGGCGCAGAUCUCCGUUCAUUCCAGGAAGACAUCAAUGAAUUAGUCGAGCGAGAUACGAUUGACCGGCAACUCAAGGUUGUUGAACGAAUGGGUUGGGUAUACUCAAAAUGGAUUUGA